CUAAACUUUUUUAUGAUGAAAGAGGAAAUGACUUUUACUGGAUAAUGGCUUUUAGCUGUUAACUUCGUGCAUUUAACAACUCGGUAGGAUCUGUGGGAUAUUAGAAACCAGUCCUUGUUGAUUGACUCAUUCAAAUUAAAUCAUCUCAUUAAUGUUAUAAUCACACAUGACCUUGGAUAGAAAGUUGCUACUCUUUCUUGGUAUUAUUACGUUGAUAAGUUGGUAUCUGUAUGGAAUUUCCUGCUUAGUAUAGUUUCACUCUUCCUCCACAAAGAAUCCAGCAAAGAAUUGUUGUAGAAAUGCUAGCUGCGAAGGGAAAGAAAAACCUAAUUAGGUUCCGAGGGGAUGGAGGUGAACAAAUAUUCCAAACUUUUUUCUUGAAAGGCAUAUUGUGUAUCUGCAUUAUCGUGUUCAGUUCUGAAAUAGUUAAGAGUACUUCGGCCCUUUAUUUUGGCUAUCCAGGUUGUAGAAAACUUCUAGCGAACAUAAUUUCCUGCCGUGAAUUGAAUAAUCAUGGCAGUCCAACAUCCUCUUGAACCGGCAAAUGGUUGCUGUGAUGAUGACGGGCAUUCAUUAAGAACUGGAACCUUAUGGAGUUGCGUUGCACAUAUUAUUACCGCUGUUAUCAGCUCUGGAGUCCUGUCCUUGGCUUGGAGUACAGCACAGCUAGGUUGGAUAGCAGGGCCAGUGUCCUUUCUUUGCUUUGCGAUUGUCACCUACGUUUCUGCAUUCCUCCUUUCCAAUUGCUAUAGGUCCCCUGACCCAGUAACCGGAACACGAAACUACUCUUACAUGCAUGCUGUUAGAGUAUAUCUUGGUAAAACACAGACAUGGGUUUGUGGUUUGCUUCAAUAUCUGAGCUUGUAUGGGACUGGUGUUGCUUGUGUUAUUACUACUUCAACUAGCAUGAGAGCAAUUCAAAGAUCAAAUUGUUACCAUAGAGAAGGGCAUAAAGCUUCAUGUGAAUAUGGUGAUACCAUCUACAUGUUGCUAUUCGGAGCUGUUCAGAUAGUAAUGUCACAGAUACCAGAUUUUCAUAACAUGGGGUGGCUCUCUGUAAUUGCAGCAAUCAUGUCCUUUACCUACUCUUUUAUCGGAUUUGGACUUGGUGUUGCAAAAGUAAUAGAAAAUGGGAGGAUUAAGGGGAGCAUUACUGGAGUCUCAGCUGCCACUACUGUCAAUAAGUUAUGGCUAGCCUUCGAAGCACUAGGGGACAUUGCUUUUGCCUAUCCAUACUCGAUCAUUCUGCUUGAGAUACAGGAUACUUUGAAGUCACCUCCACCAGAGAACAAGACCAUGAAGAAGGCCUCGAUGAUUUCAAUAUUUAUCACAACUUUCUUUUACCUAUGUUGUGGAUGCUUUGGAUAUGCAGCCUUCGGCAAUGAUACACCUGGAAAUCUCUUGACAGGGUUUGGGUUCUUCGAGCCCUAUUGGCUCAUCGAUUUGGCAAAUGCUUGCGUUGUUCUUCAUUUGGUAGGAGGAUAUCAGAUAUAUAGUCAGCCUGUGUUUGCAUUUAUUGAAAGCUGGUUCAGUAGGAAAUUUCCAAGUAGUGGUUUUGUGAAUAACUUUCACACCUUCAAACUUCCAUUAUUUCCUCCUCUUCAUAUCAAUCUUUUCCGGCUAUGUUUCCGAACUGCAUAUGUUGCGUCAACCACUGCCAUUGCAAUGGUCUUCCCAUACUUCAACCAAGUUUUGGGAGUGCUAGGAGCCCUGAACUUUUGGCCUCUGGCUAUAUAUUUUCCCGUGGAAAUGUACUUCGUGCAGAAGAAAAUAGGUGCUUGGACAAGAAAAUGGAUUGUUCUUAGAACAUUUAGCUUUUUUUGCUUGCUUGUAACAAUAGUGGGCUUAAUUGGGUCAAUUGAGGGAAUUAUAAGUGCUAAACUUGGCUGAGAGACUCUCUUACUGAGUUAUUUCUGCCAGUUGACUACAGCAAUCAUAUAUUAUGUUGGAAGACGAGAUUAUUA